AUGCCCAGCGCUUGGCAUUAUCACCCUGCUGAAGACUUCAGGGACGAUACAUUUUUCUCUUCCCCAGAUUAUUGUUUUCAUAAAGUUCGUGGGCGUGUCGUACUUGCAACUUCGUGUCUUUCGUUGACACUCAACCAACAGAGCUCGGAAGUUCCAAAUCUAAUCGAGGAUGACAUACGAAGCAGCCUUCUUGAGAUCGAAUGUGUGCCUCCGGGAUGGCCAUACUCUGUUCUCCCUGACGAAUUGGAUGUUGAAGUGUCCACCAUCAGUAGUAGGCUAGAAGAAGUGACCAUGACUACCGGGGCUCUACCCAGCGAGGACAUUAAGGUUGUUGAACAGGAAGUCAAGGUAUUGGGAAAUUUGAUGAAUUAUGCCCGGUCCAAGGAGGGGCAAGCGGAUGCCGCAUUGUUGGGAGUUUGGGCUCCUGGAUAUAUCCACAACUUGACAACAGUGAUUUGGAAGAUGCAACAGCAGAUAAUAGAGGCUAGUAACCAGGAGGAUAAUGAAAAACUGUUGAAAGAGGCACUCAAGGAGUAUCAGAGUAAUGACACUCUUGACCACAAGAUCAAAAAUCUGGAAGAAGCCUGGGGACACUUGCUUGAACAUAUCACCCAUCUGUCACAGUGUCUUUUGGAUACACUAACUGAUCACAUUGGGUUGCUCCAGUCCUUGAUACUUGAUUUUGAAGAGCUCAUGGAGAAAGAGUCUCCUCCUUUGCAUAUGGACCGUGAAUCCAUCAGUAAUGACAUACAACCCCUGAAAGAAGUCACCAUUUCACGAGAAGUUGAAGAGAUCUUCAGGCAAGCAUUAUUGAGAGCAGGGCUUGGUAACUGGACUCGGAUGACCUUGAAGAAAAUUUUGACGGGUGCUCAGUCACUCAGUGCUAUACAAGGAGGGAGUGACUCUGAAAGUUCCACACAGCCAUCCACUCCAGUAGGGGAUGAAUCAGGCUGUAUGAGGGUGACAUGA